GCAGCCUUCGCCAGGCAGGUCUGAGGCGGGGGCGCAUGCCGCAGAGGUCCCGGACCAGGGCCGGGCGUCGCCGUCGCCGUCGUCACCGUCGUCAGAAGGGUGGAAUGCAAACCGUUUUGCCGAGUCUGUGACUGUGGUGGAUGAGCGCAGGCGCUCGCCGGGCGGUGGGGCAAGUAGUGAGCUGGGGGGAAGUGUCGCCGGGGAGGAUGCUGAUGAUGAGCGUGAGGUUGACCGGGAUGGUGAUGGAGAUGGAGAUGGCAGGAAUAGGUUCAAGCCUGGGGUUAGGGCCGCGGUGGAUACGGAGAGUGAGGGUGAGGGUGAGGGUGAUGGUGUUGAGGGAGGAGGAUGCCGAUGUGGACGCGCCCAGUGAGUGUGAGGCAGGGGAUGUUCAAACGGGUGCAUUUGCAGAUGACGCUCAGCCUGAUGACCCCUCACCCGACGACAGGCUCGAGCUUAUGGAGCGGCUCUGUGGUCUGGUGGAAAGGCUCUCUGUUAGUAGGCUCGGGGGCGAGCUAGAGAUGGAGCUCAUUGACGUCUUGCAUGCCAAGGUGGAUGAGAUGGAGGAGGUCUUAUGGAUGGCCGAGGACGUCAGCCGUGCAGAGGCUGCGGCGCAGGCGGAGGCGGAAGCGGAAGCGGAAGCGGAAAUGGAGGUGGAAGCAGACGCAGACGCAGACGCAGACGCAAAUCGGAAUGCGGAUGCAGAUGCUGCAUCAGCAACAGCAGAAGUGCAAGCACAAGCGGAAAAGGCACGGUCUGAGCCAGGAUCAGAAAGCGAAGACAAGACCGCGGAAGGGACGCCAGCCAUAGAGAGCGGAGAGUUGUCAGGCACGCUGCCACAGCUGUCCCUGCCACGGCGUACCGAGCAGUAUGUUUUUGACUUGGGCACUACGCCCUCUUGGCUCGCGGCGCCGAUGAUGAUGGCGUCGCAGCUGUCGAUUUCGCCGACACGUUCACCCCCGGAGCUCGCAGCGGCAACGAACCAGGCGCUGGAAGCGGCCAAGCAGGCUGCCCAAGCCCAGGCCGAGGCCGCUGAGCGCGUGGCGGUGGAAGCCCAGAAGGUCAGUUCCAAGCUGGAGAAGGUGGUCAAGAGUCUUGUGGCUAGAAAGGAAGAGUCGGAUCACCUUCACUCAAUGCUUGUCGAGCGAGCCGAAGCGGCCGCAUCCCGGAUCCUUGAUCUCGAAAAGGAGGUGACCGAUUUAGAAGAUGAUAUCCUCGCCAACGAAUCCGAGCUGCGGCACCUCCGGCUCGAGAUCCGCGCCAUCGAGACGCUCUGCCACGAAUUCGUCCCGAUCGAGGCCGACCCGGUGCUGUUUGAGAGCAUCGAGAACUGGAAGGCCGACUGGGUCCUGGUCAGGGACCGGAUGCUGGAGCGCAAGAAGGGGCGCAAGGACCGGCGGCUGCGGCUGCAUCGCGCGGGAUCCUUGCUCGAUGCCAAUGCAGUGGCAGACGACGGCGGGGACGGUGAGUCGACGCUUACGAGCUUGGGGGGCUUGUCCAUGUCUGUUUCGAUGUUUGGGAUCAAGAGUUCUCCGCGAAAGGGAUGAGUGAUGAUGAGUUGAUGAAAUGAGGAUGUGAUCGGGCGAUGAAGGAGAGGCAGAACUCGCCAUUCUCAUUUUGUUUUGCUUUUUGGGUCCGGUUCAUUGAAUGCAUCGGUCACAUCUGGUAGCAUUGACGAUACCCAGGAGUACAUACACACAGCACGGCUGGCAUUGCAUGGCAC